CCGCCUCGGAGCCCAUAAAGCGCCGCCUGCGGGGGGCAGAGCCGGGACGGGCCGGCACGGCAGGGCGAGGCUGAGGCGAUCGUGCCGGGGCUGGGGUCGCCAUGAGGGAGAUCGUGCACAUCCAGGCGGGCCAGUGCGGCAACCAGAUCGGGACCAAGUUUUGGGAAGUGAUCAGCGAUGAGCAUGGCAUUGACCCAGCCGGAGGCUACGUCGGUGACUCAGCGCUGCAGCUGGAACGGAUCAACGUCUACUAUAAUGAAUCAUCCUCCCAGAAAUUUGUACCAAGAGCGGUCUUAGUGGACUUGGAGCCGGGAACCAUGGAUAGUGUGAGAUCUGGUCCUUUUGGUCAGCUCUUUCGGCCUGAUAACUUCAUCUUUGGACAAACUGGUGCAGGAAACAACUGGGCCAAAGGACACUAUACAGAAGGGGCAGAGCUGGUUGAUUCCGUACUUGAUGUAGUAAGAAAAGAGUGUGAACACUGCGAUUGCUUGCAAGGAUUUCAGCUCACUCAUUCCCUGGGAGGAGGGACAGGGUCUGGCAUGGGAACCCUGCUCAUCAGUAAGAUACGAGAGGAAUAUCCUGACAGGAUAAUGAAUACCUUCAGCGUCAUGCCCUCCCCAAAGGUUUCUGAUACCGUGGUGGAGCCUUAUAAUGCUACGCUCUCGGUCCACCAGCUGGUUGAAAAUACAGAUGAAACCUACUGCAUUGACAAUGAAGCUCUGUAUGACAUUUGCUUCCGCACGCUGAAGCUCACCACUCCAACGUAUGGCGACUUAAACCACUUGGUUUCCGCUACCAUGAGCGGGGUAACCACAUCCCUGCGUUUCCCUGGCCAACUCAACGCUGACCUCCGGAAGCUGGCAGUAAAUAUGGUCCCGUUCCCCCGCCUUCACUUUUUCAUGCCAGGCUUUGCUCCGUUGACAGCCCGAGGCAGCCAGCAAUACCGAGCACUCACCGUUCCAGAGCUCACCCAGCAGAUGUUUGAUGCCAAAAAUAUGAUGGCAGCCUGUGACCCAAGGCAUGGGAGAUACUUGACGGUGGCUACCGUCUUCCGGGGUCCCAUGUCGAUGAAGGAGGUUGACGAGCAGAUGUUGGCCAUCCAGAACAAGAACAGCAGCUACUUCGUGGAGUGGAUCCCAAACAACGUCAAGGUGGCAGUGUGUGACAUCCCGCCUCGUGGCCUCAAGAUGGCUUCCACGUUCAUCGGCAACAGUACUGCUAUUCAAGAACUCUUCAAAAGGAUCUCAGAGCAGUUUUCAGCCAUGUUCAGAAGAAAGGCCUUCCUUCACUGGUUCACGGGAGAAGGAAUGGAUGAAAUGGAAUUCACAGAAGCAGAAAGCAACAUGAAUGAUCUGGUGUCAGAGUAUCAGCAGUACCAAGAAGCUACAGCAAAUGAUGGAGAAGAAGCGUUUGAAGAUGAGGAAGAAGAAAUCAAUGAAUAAAGAAAUUAGGUAUGCUAUUUUCCAGGCCAAGCUCUCACAUCUGGACUUGCAAUAAUUAGGCUUACAAAUCUGUAUCUAGGCUUCCAAAAAAAAAAAAGAAAACCAAAAAGGAACACGAGUCUCAGAUGCUAGUGGUGCUCUUCAGAGUAUACUGAGGUCACUGGGGACUGAGGACAUUCAGUGUUUCUGAAAAUCAGGCUAUUUCUGUUCAUGAGACAAAUGUAAGGCAUUCGGUUAAGACUUUGGCCUAGGAGUCUGAGCACAGAGGUUGCUAGUUUGGGAUCUUUUUUUUUUUAACCCAAACAAAUUUGUCUUCCAUAAAGUUGUACAAGAAGUAAAAUACGCAUGAAUAUCUACAAAUGGAGCUGCACUAUUUUCAUCCAAUUUUGAGUAAGAAAAUCUUGUGGGUUUGAAGUAUUCAUUCUGUACUGAAUGUACAAUACUGAACUGCCAGGAACAAAAAUUUACUGAUAAUAAAAAGAAGAAAAAGCUUUUAAUGUUUCUGUACAGUAGGUAUUAUUGAUGACAUUUGACUCCAAUUCUCUAAAAGCGGAAUAAAAAUGAUUAGUAUCCUCAAGCAAAA